GUGAAAGAAACACCGAGAUUGCAUCAGGGAGGAGGAGGAGGCCAGGGCAUUUGUUGUACAAGUGUCUGGGCUGGGGUUGGUGAGAUUAAGGUCAGCUUGAGGCCAGGUGAGAGGCUUCCCGGCCAGCAUGCCUAUAUCCCUGCAGAGGACACUUUGGUCAUGUGGCACUGGCUGCUGCUCUGAUGAUCAAGGAACCUCUGUGCCCGACCCCCAGAAACCUAGAAAUUGAAGUGGGAUGCAGAAAUCCCAGUUGUGAGACACAGUCUGCAUCAGGCAAGCAGGGAGGCAGUUUUCCAAGCCCUCAGUUCCCUCCUCCUUCAGACCAAGGAGUCCAAACCCCAAGCUCCCUCUUCCUUCAACCCAGGAGUCCAGGCCCCCAGCUGGAAGGACCCCCUGAUUGCAUCAUCCGUUCAGGCUGGCCUGGCCACGGUGGAAUCUUAGCUCCUGCCAAGAAUCCAGGUGCAAGAGGACUGAGGCAUUCAGCAACCCGGUAACCGGCUCUCCCAGACAACCAGGAUCAGAAACAGAAUCUAGACCCUUCAGCUCUUCAAAGCCCAGUGCCCAGACCUUGCUUAAGGACGUGAGCCAUUGAUGGGCUGGGACGAGGCCAGGUUCGAGCACCUGGGGCUGUGGGUCCCCGUGCUGACUGUCCUGCUGCUGCAAGGCUGCCAGGCACACCCCAUCCCUGACUCCAGCCCCCUCCUCCAAUUCGGAGGCCAAGUCCGGCAGCGGUACCUCUACACAGAUGACGCCCGGGAAACAGAAGCCCACCUGGAGAUCAGGGCUGAUGGCACAGUGGUGGCGGCUGCCCGCCGGAGCCCUGAAAGUGAGUGCGGAGGUCUCUUGAAGCUGAAGGCCCUGAAGCCAGGGGUGAUUCAGAUUUUGGGGGUCAAGACAUCCAGGUUCCUGUGCCAGGGCCCAGAUGGGACACUGUAUGGAUCGCUCCACUUCAACCCCACGGCCUGUAGCUUCCGGGAGCUGCUGCUCGAGGACGGGUACAAUGUCUAUCAGUCCAAGGCCCUUGGCUUCCCACUCCACCUGCCCCCUGACAACUCCCCAUACGGGGCCCGGGCCCCCAGGGGACCCACGCGCUUCCUGCCGCUGCCAGGCCUGCCCUCAGUCUCCCUGGAGCCUUCAGGGAUCCUGGCCCCCGAGCCACCCGACGUGGGCUCCUCAGACCCCCUGAGCAUGGUGGGGCCUGUGCAGGGUGGAAGCCCCAGCUACACCUCCUAAAGCCACAGGCUGCUGAUUAUUGGGGCUCCCCUUUAUUUAUUGGGUUAUUUAUCUUAUUUAUUUUUCUAUUUUUCUUGCCUGGAAUAAUAAAAAGUCUAAGAGGAGAA